UUUUGAUAAUUUGGGUCACGACUACUACGAAAAUUAAAUGCAUUUCAGGUGCAGGAUUGUACAUGUUCAUGUUGCCACUAUAAUGCACAGACGUGCACCACGUCUCCCAAUAAUGGUCUUAGUGUAGAAAACAGUGUCUCAAGACAUUUAGUUUGCAUUAGUGUACUAGAGUCCCGAUAAAUGUUUUCUUUUUUGGUGACCCUUUAAAUUUUCAAAGCAGAAAGCCUUUUAAUGUGGUUCACUCUUGUUGAAAUGCACGCUACUCGAAUUACUCCGCCAACUAGGACGUUAACACUUCUUCACCUCAUUGUGCAAACUGGAUGAUAACAUAAAACUACCGAAAUAGUAUAAAGACUUAAAGACUAGAAUAGGAUUAACACGACUCGAUGCUUAAUUUCAGAAUGUUUCUGUUUACUUGAUUUUUACAGGUGGGGUUUAUUAUGCUUCAUGUCGAACGGAAUAAUUACAUUCUGCCCGGCCAACACAAGGAGACAUUGGUCAUUUUAUGUGAUUUUACAAAUGUUUAUGCAUAGCCUCGUUACGCUUCUUGACAUUACAAACAAAUGGAGACAAUUCAGCCAAUCUAGCCUGUUUGGCAGUUAGUAAUUUACUGAUCCAUCCAACCGUCACCUCAGCCAAAGUGUUUCUCGAAAGAUGGAAGGUUAUCAACAACAUGACUGAGGAACUUGUUCCAUACUCUCGCCUCCCUUCUUGUAAAGAAGUGCCACUGGUUCAAUUCUAAAGCUCUAAGAAUUCUCUGCAUGAUAAUAAAUUUCUUUUUUGGGUUGUUGGAAAAAUUAACCAGUGAACAUUUAAUGAAAACCAAUUUUUAGGAAAAUGUUAGAAACAUUCACUUUUGGUGUACAAAGUAAUUCAAGUCAUUAUCGGACUGUUCUGCAUUAAGUAUUUAAGGAUGUUUCUUUUUAUGUGAUUUAUGUUCCCUGAGAAUACAUCAAUUCAAUUUUAAUGGGAAGAUGCCUUUGAAGCACAGGGUGACGAGAGGAAAAGAGCACAACCACGUGAAAGCCCACCCCUAGCAAGAUAAGCUGCGUGUUUCUUCACAUGUUAAAGUGUGUGAAGGCCUUUUAAACCUCAGGAUGAACAGUCUGUCAUUGGGAAAGUGCUUGGGAGAGGACCCAACAUCUGAAGUUGAGAAGGCAAAAAUAUUUUGGAGCAAACUGCAAACUCGCAAUCAAGUGGACCAUGCCUUUGACCUGUUAAACACCUAUUUGAAGUCUCUUAAAGAAGGUAUCAAGGACCAGUCUGCGACAAAUCAAGAGUAUGUGAGGGCCAUGAACAUUAUGCUGGAAGUUGGCAUGAGAAAUUGUUUCAUUAAAGAACAUGACACUUUUGAAGAAAUCAUAUUAAGUGCAGAGACAGCUGUUGCAGAGGAGAAGAGUGAUCUGUGGAACUCUAAAGAAGAUCUGGAUUGUGAGAAUGUGGCAGAUGACACAUCGUUAGAUGAUCAAAGAAAUCAGGAAAACGGGCCCUGCAGCGGGGUCUCGGCCCCGCCGGGAGAGCUGCCGGUGCCGGGGCCCGCCGGGGCGCGGGCCUUCCUGCCCCACGACUGCCACCGGGCGUGCCUGCCCUGCCGGCCGCUCACGGACGAGCAGCUCCGAGGCCAGGACCCGCUGGGCAUCCCCGCCCUCUGCCACUUUCACAGGCUCUCCGCCAGGCGCACUCGGGGCCCGGGGGAAGGGGAGCCCACCUUCGACGUGUCCUACAGGGCCCCCUGCGGGAGGACCCUGAGGGGCUUCGGCGAGGUCGCGCGCUUCCUGCGGGAAGCGGAGUGCGACUUCCUGCACUUGGACUACUUCUCCUUCAGCCCCGCCGUGGAGGUCCGGCGGGGGCUGGCCCUGGGGGAGCCCCUGGUGUUCGAGAGGGACCUCAGCCGGGGCGCGGAGCUCGUGGCCGUCCAGCUCUACAACGACGCCGACGAGGCCAAGCCGGAGGCGUUCCGGUACAGGAAGGAUCGAUGGCCCUACGGCUGCUUCAUUGGUGACCCCGGUGCCCUCUUUGUAGACUGCUGCGAUUGCACUGACGGGUGCACAGACACGACUAAAUGUGCCUGUCUGAAACUCUCUCUUAAAGCUAAAAAUGGUGAAAAAGCUAAGACACAACUGUAUACCAACAAAAGGCUUCUGCGGCCUAUACCUUCAGGGAUCUACGAGUGCGGACCCUGGUGCGCCUGCGACCGGAGACGGUGCCUGAACCGCGUGGUGCAGCACGGCCUGCGAGUGAAGUUGCAGGUGUUCAGGACGCUGGACCGCGGCUGGGGCGUUCGCUGCCUGCACGACCUCGACCAGGGCACCUUCGUCUGCACGUACGCAGGUAAAAUCUUGAGGAAGGACCCCGCCCCCGGCAGCGGACCUGAGGCUAUGAGGGGAAACGGGCAGGAAGAGGAGAGGAGAGACGCGCCCCAGUCUUCGGGGAAACGGAAGAGAGGAGAGCCGCCCUCGGACGACGACGUUGAAGUGGUAGAAGAAACGAGGGAGGAGCAGAGGGCCGCGGAGGACCCCUCCCUUCUCGGGAGCCUCAAUGAGAAAAGUGCUCCUUGUGCCAAGCUGUCUCCCCAGAGCCCCGCGAUCAGGAGGCCUGUGAGCAAGACGGCACUUCUGCACGUGCAGCUGGACAAGAUGGUGAAAGAGAAUUCAUUUACAAUCCCGUACAGCAGCUCAGAUGAAGAAGACCUACGUGAGAAGUCGAAAGAGAGAGUCAGGAUACCUGCUUCUGCAGAGACGACAGACUGGCCGCAGGUCAAAGCCCUUGCAGAACAGGCAGCUGAGGCGCUGGGUGUGCCGAACCGAGUGGAGGGAGGCGCUCUGAGGGGAGAAGACAGCAGGACUCCGCACCAGGCACAGAGUGAGGAGGAGGGGGAUGUGAACUCAUUAGGCACCUGGUCUGUGGGCGAAGACAGCAAUGAUGAAGGGAUGCCAAGCAAAGCGAGAGCUGCCCAGAAGGUGGAGAAGGGCCAGAAAAACACGCACGAGUUUACCUAUUAUUUGGAUGCCACAGAAGAAGGCAACGUGGGGAGGUUCCUUAAUCACAGCUGCUGCCCUAACCUCUUCGUCCAGAGCGUGUUUACGGACUCCCACAACAAGAACUUUCCCUGUGUGGCCUUCUUCACAAAGGGGUAUGUGAAGGCUGGGACUGAAUUAACAUGGAACUACACGUGUAGGACUGGGAGCACACCAAACCAAGACAAUCCAUGUCAGUGUGAAUUAAAAAUGGGUCAAAACACACUCGCUUGACGAAACCCUGCUACCUGUGUUAUAUUUAAAUACUGUAUUACCUUAUUGAAACAAAGUCCAAAUGCUUGAAGUGUGAAAUCCCACAACCUUGAAUAUUGGUAAUGAAUGGUAAAUUAGCUAGGGCUAAAAUGCAUAAAACAGCCUUGGCUUUUAUUCAAAUCUCUACCUCAAACAGAUAAACCUCUGGAAAAAGUCUUCACCUACCAAGCGCAAAACCAAGUGCUAUUACAUCCAUACGUGUAUUUUCUAACCAUUUCAUCCAAUUCAGGGUCAUGGGGGAGCCAGAAUCCAUCCUGACAAGCAGCAGGCACAAGGCA